AUGAUGUUUCCUAUUUCUCUCAUAGUUUUAUUGUUAUUUUGGAGUCCAUCAAUUUUAUGUAAAAAGGAAGAACAGAUAUGCUUCCAACAUGUGGAUAGCAGUGGAGCUUAUCCAUGUGAAAGUCGUCCGAGUAAAGAACCGCUCAGUUUACAGUAUAACAAAGCUCAAAUUGGUAAACCUGCACCAUCGUUCGAAGGUAUUGCUGUUAUCAAUGGAGAAUUUAAAGAAAUUAGUUUGAAUGAUUUCAACAAUAAAUAUCUCGUCCUUCUCUUCUAUCCAUUGGAUUUUACAUUUGUAUGUCCAACUGAGAUUAUUGCUUUUUCUGAUCGUAUUCAAGAAUUUAAAAAAAUUAAUACUGAAGUUGUGGCGAUCUCUGUUGAUUCGCAAUUUACUCAUUUAGCAUGGAUAAAUACACCUCGUGAACAGGGUGGUUUGGGCAAGAUUCAAAUUCCACUUUUGUCGGAUCUAACACAUCAAAUUUCUAAAGAUUAUGGUGUAUACUUACAAGAUGUAGGUCAUGCAUUGAGAGGAUUAUUUAUAAUUGAUGGUCGUGGUAUCCUCCGUCAGAUUACAAUGAAUGAUCUUCCUGUUGGUCGAUCAACGGAUGAAACAAUUCGACUUCUUCAAGCUUUUCAAUAUACUGAUAAACAUGGAGAAGUAUGCCCUGCUGGUUGGCAUCCGGGUGCAGACACUAUUAUACCAAAUCCUGAAGAAAAGCUGAAAUAUUUCAGUAAAACUUAUGAAACAAAAAAGAAUUAA